AUGGAAAGUCAAGAUGCUCUUGGCAUUAAUAGUGAUUAUCUGGAUAGAAAUGAUGCUGCAAAUCUUAAGUCACUCAUUCCAGAGGCUAUGCCUUUAUUCAAUUUAAGAACUUAAGGUAAUGUACUAGAACCAGAAAUUAAACCUGCUGAUAGUAAUCAUGAUGACAUUAAUUAACAGAAAAAAAAUGUUUGCAAGCAUAUCAAAGUAAAGGAGUAUCAAUGCCAGGAAUGUCAACAAAUGAUUCCUCCUGGUACUAAUCAUGCUGAAAAUCAAAAUUUGUUUGGGUCAAUAGGGCCACAUUGCUUACUUUUUGAUUCAUUUUUUGAAAGUGGAAACUUAGAAAAAGCUGAAUAUGUGUCACCUACAGAGUAUAAUUUAUAUCUCAAUGUAGACACAAACACCAAAGGACAUUAAUAGUGGUUUUAUUUCAAGGUAAAAAAUACUUUCAAGGAUAAGAAGUACACUUUUCAUAUAAGGAAUUUCACUAAACCGUUUACACUAUACAGAUCUGGAAUGAAAAUUAUGAUGAAAUCUAAAAAGUAAGAGGAAGAAUCAGAGUAGAGUUAAGGAUGGGUACCUGCAGGAGAAAAUGUAUGCUAUUGGAAAACUGAUAUCUAAAGAAGUGGUUGGAGAAUACCUGGUCCUAUCAACCUUGAUGAUGAAGAAGACGAUGAUUAGAUCCUUGAUGAUAUAAAUGGUAUUGAUGGUGGAGCUGCCCUUAAUACAAAUGAUAAUAAAAAAGGAGGGGGCAACAUCAAUAAGAUUAGACCCUCGCUUGUAAAUUCUAUUAUGCAGUCAAAUAAUAUGCAAAAUACAAAGAGAAGGAAAAGAUAUUUUUACAGCUUAACUUUUUAAGUUGAGUUUGACUAUGAUGAUGAUAUAGUGUAUUUUGCAUACUCAACUCCUUACACAUAUUCUUAGAUAUUUUUGCAAAUGCUCCGAAUAGAAUAAUUGUUAAUUGAUCAUGAGGGAGAAGUUGGUCAUAAUGUUAAGAUUACAGAGUCCUCGGAUAAAACAGAGAGAUAGAUUGUUACAAAGGAUAUUUAAUAUGAUAGGAAAAUAUUAUGUAAGACAAUUAGUGGUCUCCCUGUACCAGUGAUAACUUUGACAUCAAGACGGCAUAAAGGACUUGAGUAUAAAAAGAGAUAGGCAAUCGUGAUAUCAGCUAGAGUACACCCAGGGGAGACCAAUUCAAAUUUUGUAUUUGAUGGUUUCAUGGAAUAUUUACUAUAGCCCGAUGGUGUUAAGGAGUUACUUUAGAAUUAUAUCUUCAAAAUGAUUCCUUGUCUAAAUCCAGAUGGAAAUGUCUGCGGGAACUAUAGAAGUUCACUUGCAGGUGUAGAUUUGAAUAGACAAUGGGUCCUACCGAAUAGAGAACUUCACCCAAUAGUUCAUCAUAUGAAAGAAAUGCUUUCUAAUAUAUCUAAGGAGAGAUAGCUUCUACUUUAUUGUGAUUUGCACUGCCAUUCUAAAAAGAAAAACUCUUUUAUUUAUGGUUGCAACACUGCAGCAAAUGGAGGUUUUACUAGUUGGACAAAAGUCAGAUUGCUGCCAAGAAUUAUAGCUAGGCUUUGUCCUCUAUUCAACAUAAAAGAUUGCAGAUUUAGAGUUGACCCAGGUAAACUUGGUACUGCUAGAGUUAUUGUUUGGAAGGAGUAUGGUGUGACUAACUCAUUCACUCUAGAAAAUUCUUUUUAUGGCUAUACCUAUGGCAAAGAUACCAUCCCAUUUAAACCAACUGAUUAUCUCUUAAUUGGGGAGAAUCUAGGAAGAUCACUCUAUUAAUACAGAUAACUUUUAAAAUAAAUUGAAAAAGAAUUGGCUUUGACUAAUGGGUGGCUAAAGCCAAAACUACUUUUGGAGGUAACAGGUACUCCUGCUGCUGAAAAAAUAGCAACAGAUUAAGAGAAACAACUUAAAGAGGAAAAGAAAAGAAGAUAAAUUGAAGAAUAUAGACAAAAUUUGGGAUUAAAUGAUUUACCAGAUAUCAAUGAUAUUUCCAUUAUAAAGUCUCAUUAAACAUCAGAUGAGAAAACUAGAAAUGUAUAUAGAGCAAAAACUUUAGGACAAUAAGGGGUGAGUGUUAAAAUGGUGGAAAAUGGUCUUGUUAAAUAGCCCACAAAUUAAUCUGAUACCUUGAUACAAAAACCUAACAAGCUAAAAAAGAAUAGCUCCAGUGAGUCCACCAAACUUGAUACUAAUAGGAAGAUAACUUCAUAAACUUAUCUGUCUUAAGAUGAUACAAAGCCGAUUAACAAUCUGAAAAAGAGGGUCUUGAAAGAUGAGAAUUUUGACUAGCAAUCAAACUCAAAUAAUACAAUAAAAACACCACUAGAUAACGAUCAAAGCAAGAUCUUAAAGCUACAGAAAUUUAUUAAGACUUACUUGAAAAAGAAAAGCAAACUAAAUAAAGAUGAAUGCGAAAGCUAAAUCGAAGAUCGAUCCUAGCAAUCUAGUAAAAUGUAAUACUUUCCAGAUAUAACACUUAAAACCAAUACUCAAAAACUUGGCUCAAAGACUAAUGCUAAUAUAACACCUAAAAGUAAUAAAAUUUUGAAGUAUUCUAAUGUAGAUACUAGUGUUCAUAGCCCUUUGAAAAGAUAGAGAUCAAAAUCAAUGAUUUUAGAUGAUUGGAGAUAAUUUUUUAACAAGACUGAGUUGGAGGUAGUAUAUGAUUAAAUAAAACUAGGAGUAGAUCCAAAUGAAUAAGAGAAGCAAUAGUCUGAUGGAGAUGGAUCUGAGAGUAAUAUAUCAGAGGAUAAUCUUGAUAUAAAAGAACUUUAUCAAGAGAUUUAUAUGAGAGAUCAUUUAAUGGAAAAGGAGAUAUAGCAAUUAAAAAAGGCAGAAGACAUAGUGAGGAAAGAUCUUCAGAAACUAAUGGAAGAGCAAAAAUAAGAUUGCCUACGUGAACCACCAAUUAUAGAGAAAUCCACUGAGAUUAAAGUUCAAGACUAAAAGGAACUCCUAACUUUUGAACUAAAAAAUGGUAUUAAUAUUGUAUCAGCAUCAUUUAAUCUGGCAUCGACCUAACUAUAGCAAAAUUCUUAAAAAGUUACAAUGAAGCCCAGAGCAGAGAGUAUAAAAUAAAAUGAAUUAACCACGCAGCUCAAUUUAAACAUGCAGCAGUAAUCAAAUCAUAAUUACUAGAGGUAAUACAAUAAGUAAGUUUAAGGUUCAGAAUACUAGACUAUGCCUAAAAAGUCUUAGAAUAUUUUGCCAUCUAAUUCUAGAAGACCUUCCUCCUAACUUGGAGUUGUAAACAAUUGUCCACCUGAGUUAGGCGUUAUUAGUUUUGAUAGAAUUAUUGCUGGUCUUGAUGAUCAUAAUCGAAACAAAGAGUAAUAUGCGUUCAUAAACCAAUUCUAAUAUAAACCUCAGAAUCAUAGUCUUAAUAAUAAGUCGAGGUUAAACAAUCAAAAGUAGACUGAAAAAAAUCCUUAUAUUGGAAACUCAAGAGUGAAGCCAUAACAAUAAUAGUACUUCAAUAGCUUCAAAGAUCAUCAACAAUCUCGAUAACUAAAUAAAUCUAUACUUUCUGCUUAGAGUAAUAUCGAAUCAUAAAAUCACAGUGGGUUUUAAUAGUAUAUACUCAAGAAUCUUAGAUAUGAAGAUCCAAAAGUUCAAUAGGCAUACUCGAAGAUAAAGCCAACUGCUAAUACUGGUUUAGAAACAGGUCUAAGCUUAAAUUAUUAGUCUACAGAAGAAAUAUUUUCCAAGCCUGAUUCUCAGCAGUUAAGUAUGAUGAAUAAAAGAGUAAGAGUAUAACAAGUCGUAAUAGAUCAUAAGAACAUAAAUAAGACCAGUAUUGGCUCAUCAAGUGCUUCGAAUGCAUAAACGAUGACAAAUAAAAUAAACCUGUAAGACCCAUAUUAAAGUCAUAUCAAUCAAAGCUUUGGAAUAAUCACUAACAAUCUCUCAAUAAUAGAAAGCACUUCUAGUCAAAAUUAAGUUUACCCAAGAUAAAAUGUAAAGUUUUCGCUUCCAACACUUAAGAACUCUUAGAAUUAGUAACAAGCCUCUUUUAUCUUGCAUCAAGACUCGAAAAAAUAAAGUUUAAGGCAAGGAAUUCUAACAAGUACAGGUGCUGAUGAAAGAGAUUAUGAUAGACCUAGAAAGGAAAUACCUGGAUUUGGAAUAUAACUAGGAAGUCAUAAUGUCCUAAAUUCUAAUGUAGGAGGCAAUAAAAGGAAAAGCCACUUUAGUAAUCUUAAUACUGUUUCUUAAAGCUACUUUGAUCGUCCGACUUCGAACAGGCAUUAUCAAUUAUCUAAUCAUUGA